AGCAUUUGAAUCCACAACAGCCACAGUUAUGACAACAAAAACACCAAAAAUAGUCACAUCGGGACCAACAACAUCCUCUACCACAGCUGCAUCAACCUUAGUUGUCAUAACAGGAUCAUCGUUUUCUUCAACUGCAAUUUCAAAUCCUUCUGUUUUAAACACAACCAUUUUACCCUCAACAUCUAGAGGUACAACUUCUUUUACUCCUACAACAGAGACUGUUCCAGGCAGCACGACUGUUUACGCAACUAGUGUAAGCCCCAGUGUAACCACAACCACAGCUGCUUCUUCAUCACCCCUUAAUACAACCUCGACACGAUGUGUAUGCAUUGUCAAUGGAGCUUCGCAUCAUGCUGGGGACUUUGUGUACAAUGUCACUGAUGGGUUAGGGUGGUGUUAUGCUGCAUUUUGCAAUGCAUCUUGUGAAAUUGAGACACAGUCCAGUCCUUGUCCUGUGACACCAAGUGUGCCCACUACUGCACACUCUACAACUACAGUAUUCAGCACUACUACAAAGGCCACAAUUUCCAGCUCAGUACCUCUGACAACAACUAGUCCUGCCUCCUUUACUUCAAGUACAUCAAUAACUUCAUCUACUCAAAAUGUCUGCAAUGAUGUGUAUCCACCGAGACAGAAUGGAGAGUCCUGGGAUGCCGGCAACUGCACCACAGCUACGUGCAUUAAUGGGAAGAUUAUAACGAUGCCAACAGUCUGUCCCACUAUGCAGCAGCCCAUCUGCACCAAUGGACGCAGUGCUGCUAAGAUCUCUGAUGAUGACGGAUGCUGCCCUCACUAUGAAUGUCGAUGUGUGUGCAGUGUCUGGUGUGGAUCCCACUACUUAACAUUUGAUGGAGAAUCCUACAAUUUCAAUGAGAAUUGCUCUUACUACCUGGUCAAAGAGAUUAUUGCUAAAUAUAACCUGACUGUUGUAGUUAACCGUGAUUGUGAUCCAUCAAGCAGUACAUUCUGUCCCAAGGUUCUUACUGUUACAUAUAAAUCUUUCAAAGUGGUUUUGACUCAGCUGAUGUCUUCAGGAAUAUCAACUAAUGUGGUGUUUGUCAAUCAGCAAAAGAUCUAUCCUGCCUAUAGCAAUUCUGUCCUGCGCAUUACUAGCACAGAUAUAAUCACCACAUUGGAGUUACAAGACAUCAGUGCAAAAAUAGUCUAUUCAGGCUCUUCAUUCAGCAUUGACCUUCCCUACUCCCUCUUUGAAGGAAACACAGAGGGACAAUGUGGUACCUGUGACAACUCCCAGAGCAAUGAAUGCCGUUCUCCAAAUGGCCAGGUGGGAAGUUGCUCAGACACUGCAGGCGAGUGGCAGGUCCCACAUACACCCUGUGUUAUCCCCACAACCCCACCAACACCCAGAACCACAUCAAAGCCCCCACACUCAACACCACCUGUUUGUGAACCUGCUGUCUGUGAUCUACUAACUACCAGUUUAUUUGCACCAUGCCACAAAGUUGUACCUCCAGGACCAUUUGUGACAUCAUGUGUCUUUGACACUUGCAAUCUUGGCAAAAACAGCUGCUGCAGUCUGGAGGCUUAUGCCACUGAAUGUUCUAAUGAAGGAAUCUGUAUUGAUUGGAGAAAUGCUACCAAUGGGCUCUGUGAGCACAAGUGUCCAAGCAACAAAGUGUACAUGCCCUGUGGUCCAUCCGUAGAGCCUACAUGCAAUAACGGAUACAACAUGGCAUACCAAACAGUGGCAUCCAGUAACAACACUAAGGAAGGUUGUUUCUGUCCUCAUGGUACCACAUUAUUCAACACAGUACAUGACAUAUGUGUUGACACCUGUGCCUGUGUUGGACCUGAUGGAAAACCCAAACAGCUGGGCGAGACUUGGACAAGUGACUGUCAAACCUGUGUUUGUGACAAGGACUCCAUGAGCGUCCAGUGUGAGCCUGUUCAGUGCCAGUCUGUACAAAGUCCUAACUGCAGCGAGCCUGGCCAGCAACUGGUCAACAAUACAGUGAACUGCUGCACAACACAGUCAUGUGAAUGCAACGUAAACCUGUGUCCUCCUCCUCCCACGUGCUUGCUGGGCUUCCAACUGAGCAUUACCAAUGGCACCUGUUGUCUAUCCUACAACUGUGUUCCUAAAGGUGUAUGUGUCUAUAACAUGACUGAAUACAAGCCUGGUACCAAGAUCCCAACACCAGACACACUAUCAGAACCCCCGCUGGAAGCACCAGAAGCACAAUCAAUUGUAGAACAAGCAUCAGUAACAACAACAACACCAUCGGGAGCUGGAGAAAUAUCAACAACGUCAGAGUCGUUUACGCCCGGGCCCUGCCAGGAAUGUUACUGUGGCCCCGAAAUGGAUCCUGUCACCAAGCUGAACAUCGCCAUCUGCAAACCUGUCGUCUGCAACGAAAACUGUUCUGCUGGUUAUGAAUAUCAGACUGAACCAGGAAAGUGUUGUGGAACAUGUGUUCAGAUGGACUGUAUUUUCACCACGCCUGACAACGUGACGGUGCAUGUUAUUGAGGUCAACAGCUCUUACACACCUCCUAAUGACAAAUGUGUGCAAUAUACCUGUGAGAAGCUCAACGGACAGCUUGUUACCAAGGAAACCAAGGCUACUUGUCCUCCCUUUAACCCCUUGGACUGUGAACCUGGCACUGAAACAACAGAUGCCAGUGGGUGCUGCCCAACCUGCAAUAUAAGUCUGUGUAAGACCCAGAAGGAGCAGAGAAUCCUUGAACUGAACAACUGCAAGAGCGCACAGCCAGUUAACAUCACAUAUUGCGCUGGACACUGUGACAGUUUCUCCAUGUACUCUAUGGAAGCCAACACAAUGGUACACAAUUGCGAGUGCUGCCAAGAAGCCACCACAAGUGUGGAGCAGGUGGAGCUUACCUGUGCUGAUGGGUCUAAGCUGCAGCACAGCUACACCAUGGUUCAGUCAUGCCAGUGCAGCAAAACAGAAUGCGUGGAAGGGACAACGCCCAAACCACAGCGCCGCAGGAGACGCUGAUCAUCAGUAACUUAAAUGCUUUACAAUGGCUCGACCACCUCGACACUGAGUGUGCCUCAUUUUCUUAUCUCUGGUUAAACAAAUGCUCCUUUUCUGUAUCACAACAUACCACUGUGAUGUAAACUGUCUUUUCUUGGUGAUGAACAUUAAAGUCUUUCUGCAACAUGAA